GAGCAGAUUCAAUGGGUGGAACGGCCUCAUUCAGCUUCUAUAUAGUCCUACUGGCUAAGGAGCAGGAUGAGACCAUUCUGCCCUCCACGCCUACUAGCCAUGCAAGGAGAGAUAUGGUUCUAAGAUCAUGGUGGAUCUCAAAGUAACCUCAAAUCCAUACCCCUCUCCUCCUCAGUUACCUUUCGCUCCCUUUUGUGAACAUCCAAUCCAUCACUGCCUUGAAAAUAUUAACCAACCCUCUGCCUUUUCAGGGAGAGCACAAAUCCACCCGUCCUGUUCAGAUCCCUCAGAAUCCUAUUUCUCAGCUCUUGCCCUGGAGGCUACAGCAAUGCAAGUAGAUAUUUAAACACUGCUCCAAUGUUAGCAGAGUUUCUGACUGUCUUUCAGACACUGAGUUCCUGACUCCCACCACCCUCUGAGUGAAAACUCCCCGAUUCUCAUCACAUCUCUACCUCAAAUCUCUGCCCCCUGGUUACUCACCCCUCCACCCAUUCAGGGACUUUCUCUCCACCCUGUCUAUCCCCCUCAUAAUUAUAUACACCUCGAUCUGCUCCACUCAACCACCCCAGCCUGUCUCACUAAACGAGGAACUGCAGAGAUCUGAGGAAUUACUGGAGCAGCCUGUGUGCUGACUAGGCCUGGUAUCUGUAGAGGGAAGGGAGCAUGGGAGAUGGUGUUCCAAGUCCUAAAACCAUUGAAAACAAAGGAAGUGCUAGAAGUCACAGGCAAAAUCCAUGGAGAGCGAGCAAGUUAAUGUUUCAGGAUGGGAAGACUCUACAUCAAACCCUGAAGUGACUGACCUGGACCUUGAGUCAGGAAGGCUGCAGGCUCCCCAAGCAGAAGGUGUCAGCUGCCAGUCUUGGGCUGCCCACUCUGAUGCAGUUGACUGCGGGCGAGAAUGAGGGACGGAGGAAUGCAGCUGGAGGGGAUGGGCCGGUCGAUGGAGGAGAGAAACAGGAGGCGCCUGGGCCUGGUGGCAAGGAGGAGGGGCGAAUGGGCUGUUGGAAAUGGCAGCUGCCCGACAGCGUGAAGGGGCUCCUGGUUGCCCUCUUUGGGGGCGGUUUGCCAGCUGGCUUUGUGGCACCCUUCACCAAGAUCGCCUAUGAAGCCUCACACAUCCCCUCGCUGGAGAUCCUGCUGUUCCGCUGCAUCCUCCACCUGGCUCUGUUCUUCUACAUCAAGUUCAGGGGAGGGUCGCUCUUCGGGCCCCGUGAAGCCUGGAGGUCCACCUUCGUCCAUGCCAUCAUUAACAUCGUGUCCAUCGCCUGCGCCUACAGCUCCUUCAUGGUCAUUCCAGCCGGGAACGCCGCUACCGUUCGCAAGGGCACCUCCACCCUCUGCUCUGCCCUGAUGGCCCUGGUCAUUGACAGUUACCACCUGAGCGUCUACGAUUGGAUUGGGCUGCUGGGCAGCUUGGUGGGCCUCAUCCUCAUCGUGGUGCCCGACCUGCUGAGGCUAGACAGGAGCUCGCGCCUCUCUGACAUCUUCGGCUACAUCCUGGCCAUGCUGGGCGGCUUGGCACUGGCCAUGGCGCUCAUGAUCUUCCGGACCCUCACCCACCCGUCCAAACUGAUGACCGCCGCUUUCACCUUCGGUGUGGUGGGCAGCCUGCUCUGUGCCCCACUUAUGCUGCUGCUCCAGAAACCCAUCGCCCCUGUUGAACCACUCACCUGGUGCUGCGUGACGGGCAUCACCGUGCUGGCUCUGGUCUCCUUCUUCUGCGCCAACUAUGCCGUCACCAAGACACACCCGGCACUGGUGUGCGCCUUCCUGCACUCUGAGGUAGUGGUCACCAUGACCAUCCAAUACUUUGUCCUCCAUGAACCCAUCAGCCCGUUUGGACUGAGCGGUGCCACUGUGAUUAUUUGUAGCAUCGUUGUCAUCACUGCCCAGAACAUGGCCCAAGAUCACAAGGAAUCAAAUGAGAAUAAAUAACAUUAAACAUUGUCAUUUUCUAACCAUCCGCAAUCAACUCGAAUGACUUGCCCCUUCACAGGGGAACGUGGGAAACCCCACUGAGGCUGUUCAGCCCCUUGGGGCCAUUCAAUGUCAAUGAUUAUUUAGUGGGCGGUGAUAGCCCAAUGGUAUCAUCACUAGACUGUUAAUCCAGAGACCCAGCUCAUGUCCCGGGUUCAAAUCCCACCAUGGCAGACGGCGGAAUUUGAAUCUGAUUUAAAAAUCUGGAAUUAAGAUGACAACAUGUACUUGGGGCAAAACCCCACUGGGUUCACCAUUGCCAUCCAAAGCUGGUCGGGUGGCUCAGUGGUUAGCACCGCUGCCUCAC